CCGCCUUCCAACUAGAAAGCAGAGAGCGGCGUUCACAAGAAAAAAAAGAUCGUCGCAGGGUUGAAGUUUCAUAAGCAAAUUUAUAGUGACAGGGGAUAUGUGGUGCUUGGUGACGUGUUUUGUGAUCGUGCUGCUGCUACACAUUCAGGUUCAACGUGCAGCGACAUACGAAAACUCGCACCAGUACCCCGUGGAUUAUCCUGUCUUCGGAGACGACUACGAAGACCCAACGUCGAUGCACACGAAAAGGGUCGGCGAAGCUUGCUUGAACAGUGACGAAUGCCAGAGAGAACUUUGCUGCCUGCGUCGCAAUAGCGAGCGAUCGUGUCAGCCACGGGCAAAAUACUGCAGCCGAUGCAGUGAAUAUCAAAUGAUGGGGGGCUACUACCACGACUAUUGCCCUUGUUCUACAGGCGCAGGUGAAUGCCACACGUUCCGCAACAAGAACUACGGGAUUUGUUAUUUCAGAAAGCGCCGCUCUUGAAGUAAUUCUCUCUAAACAUACGGGUUUAAGAUUCACUAGCGUCGACUCAUCUAGACAACUUCCAAGAAUACUACGUGAUAUUAAAAAAAACGAAACGGCGUGAACGCGGUCUGUCCGAGUUUUAGUGGUCACGUCCAUAACAAUAGCAAUCCUGC